AUGAGUUUAGACCCCACAGAGACCGGGCAUUUGCCGUCGCACAAUGAAUAUUUCCAAUUGAAGGACAAAGACGUUUGGUCAUUGAUCAAUGAAACUGCUGCACAGACAGAAAAGGAGACAGGAGUGAAGAUGGUUCACUUGGGCCAGGGGUUUUACUCCUACUCGCCACCUGACUUUGCAAUUGAAGAGGCAAAAAAGGCAUUGGACAUUGCAAUGGUUAAUCAGUAUGCUCCUACGAGAGGAAGAAUGUCUUUAAUCGACGCUUUAUCCAAGACCUACUCCCAUUACUACGACCAUGCAUUGGAGCCAUCGGAGAUAAUGGUGAGUACUGGGGCUAACGAGGGAAUUUUGUCGUGCUUCUUUGGAUUUUUGAACCCUGGCGACGAAGUCAUUGUGUUUGAGCCUUUUUUCGACCAAUAUAUCUCGAAUAUCGAGAUGGCUGGUGGGAAAGUGGUCUACGUCCAAAUUCAUGCUCCGAAGGAUUUUAAUGAAAACAUUGUCUCUGGAAAAGACUGGACCAUUGAUCCUCAAGAACUUGAAAGUGCGAUUUCUUCCAAGACCAAGAUGAUCGUGUUGAACACGCCUCAAAAUCCACUUGGAAAGGUAUUUACUCGCGAAGAACUCACCAUGAUUGGAAAUCUGGCUGUCAAACACAAUUUACUGGUGGUCUCGGAUGAGGUUUACGAAAACCUCUAUUAUGUUCCAGAUCGUGUUCGCAUUCACACAAUUUCGCCUGAAAUUGAUGAGAGGUGUCUCGUGGUUGGUUCGUCUGGAAAAACUUUUGCGGCUACAGGCUGGAGAAUCGGUUGGGUCAUUGGCAACAAAGCUCUCAUCAACUACGUUGCCGCAGCCCAUACCAGAAUCUGUUUUUCUUCACCAGGCCCAAUGCAGGAGGCCGUAGCAGGUGCUCUGCUACGUGCUAAGGACAAUGGCUAUUACGAAAAAUCCAGAGCCGCUUUCGUGAACAAGUACAAGAUUUUCACCUCGGUGUUUGACUAUCUGGGAUUGCCAUACACCAAGGCUGAAGGUGGGUACUAUCUCUACGUGAAUUUCCACAAACUGCAAAUUCCGGACAAUUACGUUUUUCCAGACCUCUUCUUGAAGAGCAGAGACUUUCAAUUGGCAUACUGGUUGAUAAAGGAAAUUGGUGUGGUUUCUAUUCCUCCCUCUGAGUUCUACAUCUCUGAGCAUAAGGCAGAAGCCAAAGAUUGUCUCCGAUUUGCCAUUUGCAAGCAAGACGAGGUAUUGCAAGAGGCUGUUAAGAGAUUGAAGAAGUUGAAGCCAUUUGUUGGAAAUCGAACCAAUCAAUAA